AAAGGAAUUGUGCUAGAUUCUGGAGGGAGCCAUGCAAGUUUCUUCAUGCAGGCUACUACCUUAACCGCACGCUCAUUCGUUAAUAUGUCAAGAGACUUUGGUUAUUACUGGCUGAGGCUCAUUAUCUAUGUCGUGGUCACAAUUUGCAUUGGAACAAUUUAUCUGAAUGUCGGAACAAGUUACAAUUCAAUCCUGGCAAGGGGUGCAUGUGCAUCUUUCGUUUUUGGUUUUGUGACUUUUAUGUCCAUUGGUGGAUUCCCUUCGUUUGUGGAAGAUAUGAAGGUUUUCCAAAGGGAAAGACUUAAUGGGCACUAUGGAGUUACUGCCUUUGUGAUUAGCAACACAUUGUCUGCAAUGCCUUUUCUGAUAUUAAUCACCUUCAUAUCUGGUACUGUGUGCUACUUCAUGGUACGCCUCCACCCAGGCUUGUCACACUAUUUAUUUUUCGUAUUGUGCCUUUACGCAAGUGUCACUGUGGUUGAGAGCCUCAUGAUGGCUAUUGCCAGUGUUGUUCCUAAUUUCCUUAUGGGUAUCAUCAUUGGGGCUGGAAUACAGGGAAUAUUUAUGCUCGUCUCUGGCUACUUCCGACUUCCGAAGGACAUCCCAAAACCUUUCUGGCGUUACCCAAUGUCUUACAUAAGUUUCCACUUCUGGGCUCUGCAGGUGAGUACAAGAAUUUUACUCACCUCAUAUUUAUGA